AUGGAAAAACAGUAUAGCGUUUCUAUUGGCGACAAAGUUGAAGGAGAAACUCCUGUACGCCGUUCUUUAUUUUCUCCAAACCAACUUUUAGACACUCCUUCUGAAGGCAUUAAAACUUUAUAUGACGUAUUGCAACAUAGUGUAAAAACUUAUAAUACUAAACAAGCUAUGGGCUAUAGAGAGGUUAUUUCCAUAAUUGAGGAAGAAAAAGAAGUCACUAAGAUUGUGGGCGGUGCAGAAACUAAGGAAAAGAAAAUUUGGAAAUACUUUCAUAUGUCACCAUAUAAUUAUUUAACUUUUGCGGAUGUUGACGAAGAAACUAAACUUAUCGGUUCCGGCUUGGCAAAACUUGGUUUGCAACCUGAUUCUAAGUUUACAAUUUAUUCAACCACUAGCGCUAAUUGGAUGCUUAUGACUCAUGGAUGCUUCAAACAAAGUAUUACUAUUGUUACUGCAUAUGAAACUCUGGGAGAAGAUGGUCUUUUACAUUCUAUGAAUGAGUCAGAGGUCAAAGGGAUGUUCACUAAUGCCGACUUACUUCCGACGGCCGCAAAAGUUAUAGGAAAAGUCCCAACACUUCAAUGUAUUAUUUAUGACGGUGAAUCAAAGGGUGAAGCAGACAAAUUAAAAUCCGAUCAUCCAGGAAUUAAAAUCUUGACCUUGGGUGAACUCAAACAAUUAGGCAAGGAACAUCAUGCAGAACCAAUUCCGCCAAAGCCGGAUGAUUUAUGUUGUAUUAUGUAUACUUCUGGCAGCACAGGGAAUCCAAAAGGCGUCUUGUUGACCCACUCAAAUUUAGUGGCUGCAAUUGCUGGAAUAAAUGAAAUUCUUAAAAAGUACAUUCGACCCGAUGAUACUACAAUCACUUACCUUCCUCUCGCUCAUGUGCUUGAAUUCACCGUGGAGCAUGUAUGUAUCUGGUGGGGUAUAACUUUAGGUUAUGGUAACAUACGUACAUUGACGGACGCAUCUGUACGUAAUUGUCUUGGUGAUAUCCGAGAAUUUAAACCAACUUUGAUGAUUGGUGUUCCGGCCGUUUGGGAAUCCAUUAGAAAAGGUGUUUUGGCAAAAGUUAACUCCAGCAGUCCAACAGUGCAAAGAGUAUUUGCUGCUGCUUUCAAAGCCAAAGCAUGGCUUUCGCAAAGAGAUUUACCAACUAAACCUUUGGAUAUCAUGGUAUUUAAUAAGAUCAAACAGCAAACUGGUGGUCGAUUAAGACUUGCUUUGUCUGGAGGUGCUCCUCUUUCCGAAGAGACACAAGAAUUCUUGACCAUUGCUUUGUGUCCAGUUUUACAGGGAUAUGGAAUGACUGAAACUUGUGGUAUGUGUGCUGUUCUUUCACCGGAUCAAUUUAGUUAUGGCUGCGUUGGUGCACCUGUUCCUUGUUUGGAGAUUAAGCUAGUAGAUGUUCCUGAAGCUGGUUAUCGUUCCACGAACACCCGUCCUCAGGGUGAAAUUUGGAUUCGUGGUCCUUGUAUCACAAAAGGCUAUUACAAAAAUGAAAAAGUUACACAAGAGACUUUUACUGAAGAUGGGUGGCUCCAAACUGGUGACAUUGGAGAAUGGAAAGAGAAUGGAACUUUAUGCAUUAUUGACAGGAAAAAGAAUUUGGUGAAACUCGCAAAUGGAGAAUAUAUUGCUCUGGAAAGACUCGAAUCUAUCUACAAAUCCACGAUUUAUGUGUCCAACCUUUGUGUUUGUGCAAACCCAUUUCAGAAUAAACCUGUGGCUCUCAUACUUCCUGUGGAAGCUCAGCUCCGGAAUAUCGCUAAGGAGAAGAAUUUGGGCGGCAUGGAUUUUGCGCAAUUAUGUGCAAAUAAAGAAAUAACGUCAACAGUUUUACAAGCUUGCCUUUCACAGGCAAAGAAAGCAGGCUUGAAACCUGCAGAAUUGUUCGGUUCCAUUACGUUAGUACCAGAUGAGUGGACUGCUCAAAAUGGUCUUCUGACCGCAGCGUCGAAAAUCAAGCGUAAAGACAUAGAAGCAAAGUAUAGAGAGGAAUUAGAUC